CUUUUCAAAAAAAGGAAUCGAUCCGGGCGAGGAAGCCAUCGCCACAAGUUCAGGGCCAUGGUGUCCGCGGGGCCGACCGAGGCGGAGCUGACGGUGAAGAAGACGGCGGCGAAGGCGCCACCGCCGACGACGAACAAGAAGAAGGGGGGCGAUACGGACAUCUUCUUCGAGGAGGAUGACCUCCCCUACGAGGAGGAGAUCAUCCGCAACCCGUACUCGGUCAAGUGCUGGUUGCGCUACGUGGAGUUCAAGCAGGGAGCCACCAAUCAGGUCGUCAACUUGGUGUACGAGCGGGCACUCAAGGAGCUUCCCGGGAGCUACAAGCUGUGGUACAAUUACCUUAAGCUGCGGCGGAAACAAGUGAAGGGGAAAUGCAUCACAGACCCUGCGUUUGAAGACGCAAACAACUGUCAUGAGAGGGCGCUGGUCUUCAUGCACAAGAUGCCGCGAAUAUGGCUCGACUACUGCCAGUUCCUGAUGGACCAGUGCAAGAUCACACGUACGCGGCGCACGCUCGACCGAGGGCUGCGCGCCCUGCCCAUCACACAGCACAUGCGCAUUUGGCCGCUCUACCUCAAGUUCGUGGGCAUGUACCCUCUGCCCGAGACGGCCGUCCGUGUCUACAGGCGGCAUCUGAAGCUUUGUCCAGAGAAUGCAGAGGAGUACAUAAAGUAUUUGGUCUCCAUCGACCGUCUGGAUGAAGCGGCCAUCCGUCAGGCUAAGAUCGUGAAUGACGAGCGCUUCAUUUCAAAGGCUGGCAAGUCAAACCACCAGCUAUGGCACGACCUGUGCGAGCUCAUUUCCAAGAACCCGGACAAGGUCAAGUCGCUGAAGGUGGGGGCCAUCAUCCGCGGCGGUCUGACGCGCUUCACGGACCAGCUGGGACAGCUCUGGUGCUCGCUGGCCGACUACUACAUCCGCAGCGGCCACUUCGAGAAGGCACGGGACGUGUACGAGGAGGCGAUCCAGACGGUGACGACGGUCCGCGACUUCACGCAGGUGUUCGACGCGUACGCGCAGUUCGAGGAGAGCAUGAUCAGCGCCAAGAUGGAGGCAUCAGGAGAGCAGGGAGCGAGCGAAGAUGAUGACUUGGACGUGGAGCUGCGGCUGGCGCGGUACGAGCAGCUCAUGGACCGGAGGCCGCUCCUCCUCAACAGCGUCCUGCUGCGGCAGAACCCCCACAACGUUCACGAGUGGCACAAGCGCGCCAAGCUCUACGAGGGCAAACCGAGAGAGAUUAUCAACACGUACACAGAGGCGGUUCAGACCAUAGACCCUGUGAAGGCCACCGGCAAGCCGCACACGCUCUGGGUGGCAUUCGCCAAGUACUACGAAGAAAACGACCAGAUUGAAGAUGCUCGCACCAUUUUCGAGAAGGCCACCAAGGUGGCGCUGAAGAGUGUGGACGACCUGGCGGGCGUCUGGUGCGAGUUCGCCGAGAUGGAGCUGCGUCACGAGAACUACGACGAGGCCCUGCGCCUCUUGAGGCGAGCCACAGCCAUGCCGUCCCGGAAGGCGGAUUACUUUGACACGUCGGAGCCGGUGCAGAACCGACUGUACAAAUCUCUGAAGGUGUGGUCCAUGCUGGCCGACCUGGAGGAGAGCCUGGGCACCUUCAAGUCGACAAAGGCAGUUUACGAUCGCAUCAUUGAUCUCCGCAUUGCUACGCCACAAAUAAUAAUCAACUACGCCAUGUUUCUGGAAGAACACAACUACUUUGAAGAAAGCUAUAAGGCAUACGAGCGAGGGAUUGCUUUGUUCCGCUGGCCCAACGUGUUUGACAUCUGGAACACCUACCUGGUGAAAUUCAUCGAGCGCUACGGUGGAAAGAAGCUGGAGAGGGCUCGAGAUCUGUUUGAGCAGGCAUUGGAAGGCUGCCCACCCAAGUUUGCAAAGAGCUUCUACCUGCUGUACGCCAAGCUGGAGGAGGAGCACGGGCUUGCGCGACACGCCAUGGCGGUGUACGAGCGCGGCACGCGUGGUGUCGAGCCCUCGGAGCAGUACUCCAUGUUCAACAUCUACAUCAAGCGCGCCGCCGAAAUCUACGGCGUCACGCACACGCGCGCCAUAUACGAGAAGGCCAUCGAGGUGCUGCAAGAUGACCACGCUCGCGAGAUGUGCAUGCGUUUCGCCGACAUGGAGUGCAAACUCGGGGAGAUUGACCGUGCCAGGGCCGUCUACUCGUACUGCUCGCAGAUGUCGGAUCCCCGCACCACAUUGUCCUUCUGGCAGACGUGGAAGGAGUUUGAGAUCAAGCACGGUAACGAGGACACGGUGCGGGAGAUGCUACGCAUCAAGCGCAGCGUGCAGGCCACCUACAACACGCAGGUCAACUUCAUGGCGGCACAGAUGCUGGCAGCCUCAUCCACCACCACCGGAACAGUGGCUGACCUUGCACCUGGACACGGCCCCGUGGAUGAGAUGAAACUACUUGAGCAGAAAGCUCAGCUUUUGGCUGCCGAGGCUGCCAAGGACAAACCCAAGAGCAAGGAGAAAAUUCUCUUCGUCAGGAGCGACACGUCCAAGAGUGAGCUGUCCGAGCUCGCCAAGCAAAGCAACCCCGACGAGAUUCAUAUCGACUCGGACAACGACGAGGAAGCCGGGGAGCCUGACGAGGUGCAAGUGGAACAGAAGGCGGUGCCCAGCGAGGUGUUUGGAGGACUCAAGGAGGACUGAAGACCCCCCCCACAUUCCCAUUAGGCAGUAGGGGCUCUCGCACCAAACAUGUACUGUACAUUUUCAAUGCUUCAUAAACACGCGCUCUGCUUUCCCCAUUGAAUAUUAUUGUACUAACAGGUUCCAUCGUACAGAAUGGUACAAUGUUUAUGGUGGAAUUCGUGUGUUUUUAAGAUCUAACACAACAAAUGUCUUGUUAGAAGAUGAUUAAGGAAGUGAUUAGUAUGUUCGGAAAGCAAUUCACAGGCUUUGUAAAAAGUGGACUUUUGAAAUGUUUUGGUUGGAUAAAACUGCCACACAUUUGUGUAUUUUCAAUAAAUGCUUGCAAAAAUGUUUGUCAACA